AUGGCAUCAAGAACUGCACUACCUUCAGUGAUGACCAGGACGGUCCCACAGCCUGCGCCCAAUGGCAUGGGCAACGGUCUAUUUGCGACAACAAACAUCAACCCCGGUGAAGAUGUUUUGCACAUCAAAACACCAUUUGUGGCCGUUCUUGAUUCUCCACGUUUAGAAGACACAUGUGCUGGCUGCUUUGGAAAGAGACAGAUGGAAACUGGAAACGAGUUGAAAGCUUGCACAGGAUGUCGUGUUGUGAAGUAUUGUGAUAGGGCAUGCCAAUCUAAAGACUGGAAGUUUGCGCAUUCUCUUGAAUGCUCCAUCUUCAAAAACGUCAAGCCUAUGGUGCUGCCCAACAAUGCCCGUGCCCUUCUACGCAUAGUGCUGCGCACAGCACGCAGCAAGUACGAUUCUGAAGAGUUAAAGGUCUUCGAAAAUUUGGAGACUCACAUCAAUGAGAUCUCGGAGAGCCAAGGCCAGCUCGAUAGGAUCAACCUGACGGCAAGAGCUGUCAAGAAUUACUCAGCGACAGAUAUGGAUGAAGGGACUGUCGCUACUUAUGCGGCCAAGCUGGAUCUCAACUCCUUCAACCUUACCACCCACAUGUAUGACCGCAUUGGCCUCUACAUGCAUCCAUAUGCCGGGUUGAUUAACCACAGCUGCGACUACAACUCCACCGUUGGAUUUGACGGUGAAGAACUGUACGUCAAGGCUAUGCAUCCCAUCAAAAAGGGCGAGCAAAUCUUCAUAUCCUAUAUUGAUACCACAACACCAUACGACAUUCGUCGCAACGAACUGAAAGAACGUUACUUCUUCGACUGCCAGUGCACAAAAUGCCAGAAGGGAGCGGAUACUGUCGAAGACCGGUUCUUGUCUACACCUGAAGACAUGACACCCCUAGAGACAGCAGAGCGUGAAGCCCUAGAGCUCAUGCAGACUGCAACUGCAACUAGCACGGAGCCAGCAGACGCAAUCGCGAAGCUGGAAGCCGCUAUGCACAAGCUCCAUGAAACUGCACUAUGGCCUAUCACCCGUCAGCCAUAUGCUUCUCUCCGCGACAAGCUGAUCAUAUCUCUGCUAACGGCUGGUAAUUUCACCCGGGCGUUCAUCCACGCUGCCAUUCGAUACCUGCGAAUUGAUCCUGUUGUCUACGAAAAGGCCCACCCCAUCAGACACAUCCAUGCAUGGAGCUUGGUCAGGCUCACUGUCUUCAUAUCCCAGGAGGGCUUUCAGCCUGAUCCCAAAGACCCCGUCCAGAUUCAGGACUUCAAGCUGAACUUCCACUACUUGAUUUGGUAUGUUCUCGCCGAGCUUACUAGCACACAGUCGGAGAGCUGUACUGUGCCCAGCUUCAGGAAGCUUGUUGGAAAUCAGUUUGUGCAGGUUCAUAAUGAGUUCAAAGCCAAUGGCCUUGAUCCUAGCAAGACGAAAGCUGUUCUCUCCGCUGAGUGGAACAAGCUUGAACGUCUUGUCAAAACGGCUCUAGAGAAAGAAUAA